GUUGCGAUAAACAGACCGUCAGAUCCCGAUCUGUUGAUCUGUAUCUUGUCUUCUGUAGCUGUGGGUCCUCUUGUGAUCUGUAUCUGUGAGGCGUGAGGUCCUUAGCUACUUUCGAAGAGCAUCGACGAAAUGAGCUGUGUUGCAGCUGAAAUUGCUGCUGGUAAUUGCCGAGAAGAAGCAGAAACUGCCAGUGGCGCCGAAGUUACUCAUCGACUUGCUAAUGUAAGGAGCAGAAUAGAAAAAGCUAAGGCCCAGCGACCGAAGAAUAUGGAUUCAGAUGUACAUCUUAUUGCUGUAAGCAAAACAAAGCCAGUUUCACUUAUACGUGAAGCUUAUUCAUGUGGUCAGAGAGACUUUGGAGAAAAUUAUGUCAAUGAAUUAUGUACGAAAGCAACUCAUUCUGAAAUUUUAGAAUUUUGCCCUGAUAUUCGAUGGCACUUUAUUGGGCAUCUUCAAAGCAAUAAAGUCAACAAAUUAUUAGGUGUACCAAACUUACAUUGUGUACAUUCCGUUCAUUCUUCUAAAUUAGCUAAUCUUCUUGAUCGUGCAUGGGGAGCUUUGCACAAGGAGGAACCAUUGAAAAUAAUGAUUGAAGUAAAUGUCAGCCGCGAACCGAAUAAAGAUGGAUGUACAGAAGAAGAGGUUUUAGAAAUAUUCCCACACAUAUUAGCAAACAACAAGAACUUGAGUAUUAUAGGUCUUAUGUUAAUUGGAUAUGCACACCAUGAUUUGACUGUUGGACCAAAUCCUGAUAUGGAACGAAUGGUUAGCUUAAGAAAUGAUGUUUGUGAAGUGGUUAGCAUGAGAAAUGAUGCACACAAAGUUAAUUUAAUUCCCAAGGAUAUUGGAUUAAGCAUGGGGAUGUCUCAUGAUUUUGAACAUGCGAUAACACUUGGGAGCACAUAUGUUCGAGUUGGAACUCUUAUAUUUGGAGACCGAAAAAAAGAGUAAAUGAGAUUGUGAAGAUAAAAAAGUUGCAUCUAUUGUUAAAAAAAAAAUUAUGACAAAUUGAAAAAUAAAUACG